CAUUUUCCUUAGAUCCCACCUUAUUCCAAAAAAUUUAUGUGGCCUCUGUUCAUAUUACACUUAUAUUAACACAAACAAAUUUACAUCUGCACCUCUCAUUCUUGCUUGUACCAGAAAAGAGGAGUGAAAAUAAACAUGGAGGAAGGGAAAGCUGAAAAUCUGACAGAGAGCUUGCUAGGAGAAGAAGCAAGAAGUGUAGGGGAAGUUGGCAUAAAAUGGACAAGUGUUGAGCUGUGGAAAGAAGAGUCCAAGAAGCUAUGGCACAUAGCUGGUCCUUCUAUUUUUACCAGGGUCACAUCCUACAGCAUGAAUAUUGUUACUCAAGCUUUUGCUGGUCACCUUGGUGACCUUGAGCUUGCUUCCAUUUCCAUUGGCAACACUGUUGUUCUUGGUUUCAAUUUUGGACUCAUUUUAGGAAUGGCAAGUGCAUUAGAGACUCUCUGUGGUCAAGCUUUUGGAGCAAAAAAGCACCACAUGUUGGGAAUAUACCUACAAAGAUCAUGGAUUGUUCUCUUCUUCUGUUGUGUCUUGUUGUUGCCGAUAUAUAUAUUUACUACCCCGCUGCUUAAGCUCCUAGGCCAACCAGAUGAUAUCGCGGAGCAAACUGGAAUAGUGGCUUUGUGGUUUAUUCCCAUGCAUUUUAGCUUUGGAUUUCUCUUGCCUAUGCAGAGGUUCUUGCAGAGCCAGAUUAAGGUCGGGGUGAUGGCAUGGGUUUCACUUGCUGUUUUCCUGAUCCACGCUGUCAUGAGUUGGAUUUUUGUGUACCAAUUUAAGUUAGGGGUGAUUGGAAUAGCUCUUGCAUUGGGUAUAGCAAAUUGGCUUAUUUUUUUCGGGUUACUCUGGUAUGUUAUUCGAGGUGGCUGUCCUCAGACAUGGACUGGUUUGUCACUGGAAGCUUUUUCUGGUAUCUGGGACUUCUUUAAACUUUCUGCGGCUUCUGGUGUCAUGCUCUGCUUGGAGAACUGGUACUUCAGAAUACUGAUAUUGAUGACUGGUUAUCUUAAGGAUGCCACUGUGGCUGUGGAUGCAUUGUCUAUCUGCAUGAAUGUCAAUGGCUGGGAAAUGAUGAUUCCGUUUGCUUUUUUUGCUGCAACAGGAGUAAGGGUUGCAAAUGAGUUGGGUGCAGGAAAUGGAAAAGCAGCCAAAUUUGCCACAGUUGUUUCCGUCUGCCAAUCAAGCAUGAUCGGCAGCCUAUUUUCCAUAAUUUUGCUGGUAUUACAUGACAAAUUCGCAUUGAUAUUCACCACUAGCUCUCAAGUCCUAGAAGCAGUUGAUAAGUUGUCAUACCUUCUUGCUAUUACCAUUCUUCUGAACAGUAUUCAACCUGUAUUAUCUGGGGUGGCAGUAGGAGCAGGGUGACAAUCAAAGGUUGCAUAUGUUAAUUUGGGUUGCUACUACCUUGUUGGCAUUCCUCUUGGAAUUGUUUUCGGCUGGACUUUUAAUUAUGGCGUUGAGGGAAUGUGGGGAGGGAUGAUAAUUGGUGGAACAGCCAUGCAGACUGUUGUAUUAGUUAUAAUGACACUGCAAUGCAACUGGGAAAAGGAGGCUGAAAAAGCUGUAAUGCAUGUCCAGAAGUGGUCAUCAGCUCAUACUAAUCCAACUGAUGAGCAGUCCUAGAUUGAAUUUUUUUUAAUUUUUUUACAAAUAAUGUUGAUUUCAAUCAAGUGGCUUGUUAAUGCAUAGCAUCCCAAUGAGGACACUUCCUCCUCUUCUCUGCGAAGUGGACUUGGUUAAGGGAUUUUGCAUUUGGAACAUUAUGAAUUGAGUAGUCAAGGUGGCACAGGGACACCACCUUGUACGUACUCUUGAUUUCAAUCAUGCCAUUAAAUGAAAGUUGUCCAGAAAAUUCAACCUGA